GAAGUUUGCAAAGUCUCGCUCUGCUGUGCAGAAUUCGUGCUCAAAACUGAGGAGCUAAGCCACUUGCCAAAAUGUGCAAAGGACUUGCGGCUUUGCCCCAUUCAUGCCUAGAAAGGGCCAAGGAGAUUAAGAUCAAGUUGGGAAUUCUCCUCCAGAAGCCAGACUCAGCAGUCGACUUUGUCAUUCCAUACAAUGAGAAGCCGGAGAAGCCAGCCAAGACCCAGAAACCCUCACUGGAUGAGGCCCUGCAGUGGCGUGACUCCCUGGACAAGCUCCUGCAGAACAACUAUGGACUUGCCAGCUUCAAAAGUUUCCUGAAGUCUGAAUUCAGUGAGGAAAACCUUGAGUUCUGGCUUGCCUGUGAGGACUACAAGAAGAUCAAGUCCCCUGCCAAGAUGGCUGAGAAGGCAAAGAAAAUUUAUGAAGAAUUCAUCCAAACAGAGGCUCCUAAAGAGGUGAAUAUUGAUCACUUCACAAAGGACCUCACCAUGAAGAACCUGAUGGAACCUUCCCUGAGCAGCUUUGAUGUGGCCCAGAAGAGAAUUUAUGCCCUGAUGGAAAAGGAUUCACUGCCCCGCUUUGUGCGCUCUGAGUUUUACCAGGAAUUAAUCAAGUAGUAAUUCAGUCGGGCUAUGAGAAUCACCCUGUGAGUUACUGCUUCCUUAAUAACGCUACAUUUUCCAGCAACCUGCAUACUUUCCCAUAGCAGCUUCGUUCAAAGAUACCCAAACAGGGAAAAAUCCCAGGGAGUGUUGCUUACUUCUUGUGCACUUUGUUUUGGAUGUUUAUAUUGUCUGAAUGCCUUCCUUUCCCGGGGUUCUUCUUCAUGUCCCAUUCUUAAUUAAGUUCUACUCAGUGUGUUCUUGUCAAAGCCAAUCAGAAUCACAGAAAAAUUCUGCUGAAGGCAAGCAAAUAUAAGACAAGAAUAUGAUAUCAUUGAACGUGGGUCCAUUUGGUUUGGGUAAUGAAUCUCCACCUAAACUGGUCUGAAAAGAAUGUGGAUGUAGAAAGACCAAUUUCAAGUGAGAUUAAUUGAUCUCAUUUGUUGUUUUAAUUCUGAUCAAGGGGCAAUCACCCCUCUAUUUCCGACUUUGGUUAGUAAAAGAUAAAAUGAAUUUUAUGAGGCAGCCAUUAUUUGAUUUUUUAAAGCAAAUACAUUAUGUAAAAUAUCAACUUUCCCUCUAGAGUGUCUUUGUGUUGGCUGGAGAUCACUAACAAGAGAUAUAACUAUGAAUGUUACAAAAUAGAUCUGAACACAAUCCCUAUUGAUUCUUCCCUUAUACCUCUCUCAACUCCCCACUACCCAGUUACCAUAUUCUGUAUUAAAUCAAUGACCUGGCAAUGGAGUAUUUAAUAAAUGUAUAUAUGCCUCUAGUGUUUAGGCCCAAUGUUUCAAUUUUCAAAUUAUUUUAAAUCUGUGUGAGUAAAAAAUUCCAAAAUUUUCAACUCCAAUCAUGUCGAAUAAAACAGAUGCUAUCCAGCACAACGUCCCUUACCUCAAUAUCAGGAGAACUAUAAGCUAAAAUGGAAAAAUUCUGUCAAGUCUAAAAUGGUUAAUUACCCUAUGAUGCCAUCUGUUUGUUUAGGAAAUGAUUAUCUUCAAAAUACCAAAUUAUCUUUAGAAAAAUUAAUUUGACUACAUGUGGAGGCUCUCUAAGUAAGAGUUUCAAAGAACCCUGCAUUUUGCAAAAUAGUGUGACUUUUUUCUUUAGCAACCCCAUCUUGCCUCUCUAUUUUGCUCCCUGUGUUAAUGGAUCGUAUUUACCCUCAAAGUGCGCAUUUAUGUCCCAACGUCCCGCGCAAGCAGCUGACUGAUAGGCCGUGGUAUAUUUUAGUAGCUUUAAUCUUUUAAUUAUGUCUUUCAUUAUUAUAAGUCUUGCUAGAUUUCUUUUUCUUAUCUUUAGUAGAUUUGAUUAAGUAGUGAUUUACAUAAUUUAGUAAUAAGGAGAAGCAAGCUAACCAUGUACAAGGCUAACCAAGAUGAGGAUAUUGAGUUAAUUUUGGAAGAAAGUAUCUAUGAAAGGAUGAAUAAAAUUCCGGAAUGUUGAAGGAGAAGAUCACAUUGUUUAGUUUUGUAUUUCCUUCUUUCACAUUCCUUUCUCCUCCACACACUCCUAAUUUUUCAUGUUUAUGGCGCAUUUAUUCAGUUGUUUCUUAAGAAUAUUGAAAGCGAAGCAACCACGUUACUGUAGUCUUCAGGCGAGUGCUGGUUGUGUUGGUUGGCUCUUCUCUGGGUUUGCUCUUUCGAAGGACAGCAUGCCCUUCUGAAUACUUGGCUAUUUCACAUUCUGAGAGUGGGUUGGAGUGAGUGGGUCCACUGCCGACAGUUGCCAGUGUGUUAAGAGUCCAUUCAUAGUUGGAAAUAUUGCUCACUUCAGAGACACUGGUCACCAAGCAGUCGACAACUAGGCCAAAUCAACACCACGAGCAUCGAGAAGUCCUCCCCGUGUGCAUUUGUGUAGGAACAACACACAACUCAGAGCAGAACUUUCUGGCACCACCUUGCUCAGCAUAUGUCUACACUGCCCAAAUCAGUAACAAAUCUCCAGCCCUUUACUUUCUCAUGCAGCUAGAAAUGUUAAGAACCCAAGGAUCUAGGGGAGUUAUUGUUCUUGGAUGCCAAACCUUUUUUAAGCAGAAUGUUAAUUGAAUUGAAAAUUCAAAACUUUUUAUUCACAUGAUUUCAAAGAGCCAAAUGUUUGAAAAUGCCCAGAGAAUGUACUAGAUAUUACAGAGCUCACCCAGAUGGUUGACGUUACACAGACCCAGAUCAACUGUAUUCACAAACUGACUACACACCCUAUGUCAGUGGGUAGGACUUGUGAGUGGAGGGUAAGGAGGACCUUCCCCUUUUCAUAGGCUGAACUCUGGAGGCAAAGGGCAGGAAAAGCACCACCAUGAGGGCUGUGCAGUGAAGGGGAAAAAAAAGAAUGAAUGCUUUCCAGUCAAACGAUGCCAUGUAAUAUAUAAAUCUGUAUAUAUGAUUUUAAAUUUAUAGUUUACACACACAUUAGAAACCAUUCUAACACAUGAACUGAUAAAAUUAAAAGGAAUACAAGUAUCACAACCCAAAAUGUGAAAGCAAACAUAUCAAAAUUGCCCGAAAUGUUCUUUCAAAUCUUUUUAAAGUGUUUUUAAACUUAGGAAAAAAGAAAGAAAGAAAAAAAAAAAAACAGUGUUACUGGAAGUUUCCAUGGCAACACAAAGAAAAUAACAUUCUUUUAGUUCUGGGAAAUCAGAAAAACUGGGAUGGUCUUUCCAGGAAAAAAAAAGAAAUGUGUAACAUCUCUUUAUCACUCCCUCUCCCUUCCCCACCUCCCUCCCCACUUUGUCUUGAGUAAAUUGCUGGGAAAGCAAGAAACUUAAUACAAGAGUCCUGUGGUGCUUGGUGCUUUCAUUUCCCUCCCUCCCGGAAAUGGAACUACAGUCGUAAGUGAUCUGGGAUGUAGAGAGGUAGCGGAGCCAAACUGUGGUCAAUGGGAAGAGGAGUAUACACUUCUCACUCUGGAAAGAAACCCCAGAUGAGGCCAGGGAAUGGCCCACAACCUAAGAUUUUCUGCCUGGGUUUGAUACAGUUUGGGGUUGGCGUCAGUUUAGGGUCCAAACUGGACCAGAUUAAGGAGUUAGACUGUUGAUUCUAGAGGAAAUUAAAAGGCUGUGUUUAUCUACUAAAGCAGUGCUUGUUCACUUGAACAACACACACACACACACACACACACACUCCUUCUCCCAGAUAGACCUUCUGAAAUGGAGAACUGAGGCUUUUCAGUCCCUUUACUUUCACAUCAGUAAUAUCAAAUAUAUGGAAACGUUUUGCUUCCUUUGCCUCACAAACUCUAAUUCUCUAUCAUAUAAAUUAUACUAUCAGUAGAGUUCAGUUUUUAGUGCAUAACGAGAAAAACUUGGUGAAAGAGAUUGUUUUCAUUUUUACCCUAUACAAUUCCAUGGAUUUGCUUGGUUGAUGGGUUCUCUCUCUAGACUCCAUUUCAGUAGGAUGGGGUUAUUAAUUGUCUCCCAAAGAAUAAUAGCUGUUCAGAAGUUUCAGUAAAAACUGGACCAUCACCAAAUCAACGGAUACACUCAGAAGUAUCCCCUGCCAGGGCUUUGUCAAAUUAUCUUUCCCAUCACAGAUUUGAUCAUGAAAAUUAUUUAAAAGGCUAUCUGUAUGUUAGCAGCCCAUUCUCCCUGUUUCCUGGGACUUUAGCAAGUUUGGGAGAUAAAGGCUCAGGGGAAGAAAGAGGAGAGAGGAGGGAAGCGUAGUAGUGAAGAAGGGAGUGUCAGACCUAUGAAGUUAAUCUACUUACUAGGAAACAUUUAAGAACAGCUCCCCUUGACUGAAAAUCCAACCACUUCUUGCUGUCAUCACUACGAUUUGCAAACAAGGCAUUCCUUGACUCACAAUGCAGCUAGAUGAAGAACUUCAUUUUCAAAUCCUAGAGAGUCUUGAUUAGAAGGAAGAAGAGAUGUAGAGGAUCUGCUUUCCCCACUUGGCUCACCUGUGCGGGGGAGCAGAGAGUGGAGAACUGAGUUUCCAACAUCCAAACGUCUAAACCCAAGAGCCAGGGAACUCUAUGUAGGUUCUGGACAUGAGGUCUUCAUGCAUCUCAGUAUAUCCUGACUGACUUGUCAUUAGACCUCUCUGGUUUUCUGGUCUCCAUUCUAUUAGACAAGUAUGUAUGUAACGCUUGCUUGGGAGGAGGCUCUUCAGGUAACAAUUUAGCAACUGCUGCUUGGGUUCAACAUACUUUUGCCCAAAUAGGGCAUGUGGCAGACCAGAGCAAUUGAUAUCCAAGGAAAGGCUUUCCCCAGUAUCAGUGAACCAUCGUGGAACUGAAAGGAUCAACUCUUCCAACUGAAGACACAUUUGCAGCUUUGAAUGGAAACUCAGAGCAGGGAGUGAAGGGAAAAAAAAAUAUCUUGGGACUAUUAUCCUCACCUCACAGUUUAAUAAUAAUCUUCUUAUCUCAUUUUUCUAGUAGAGAAGCUACACAUCAAGCUUAUUCAAAUCCAGUUUAAGAAGCCUCUUGCAAGGUACUUGUUUUCUCACCUGAGGUAUUUUCCCUCCCCACCUCACCCCUAUACCUCCCUUCCUCUCUUCCCCCUGCAAGAGGAAACAUUUAAAACAGAGGGGUCUAAUCACAAUUAUGUCAUAAUGGAUACAUUAAAAGCAUUUAACUUCCUGUCUAAGAAAAUGUAUACGCUAAGGCAUAGGCAAAACAGUGGGAAAUGCUGAGAGAUUUUCCAAUGGAGAGAAGUAAUCCAGAUCAUAUUUUGCUAAAAGUUCUUUUUAUGUCAUAUGGUAUCAGGAUUUGGGAAAAUUAAUUUUUUUUUUUAAAUGCUGGAAACUGCAUCUUCAGGAAAUACGUCCCAGAGACAGGAGUAGAAAUGAAAGAUUGAAAAUCCAUCUGUCAGCAUUUAUCCCAGAAGUUUUUCAUUUAGAAACAAUUGUGUUUAUCUUCUGAUUUUGCAGUCAAUAUGUUGUGUACUAUGUGACUCAUACUUCUUGGUAAAUAAAGCACCAAACAUGUAUCUGUAACCAUGAUCACGUAUAUUGUAUUAAAUAUAUAUC